AUGCUCGACCGACUUGGUGGUAGAGCAUUGAAACUUGCCAAGUCCUUCAUGUACACUCGUCAGCCCUACACUGAGGCCCUAGCUGCUCUUACCGACAAGUACGGCCAACCCCGACAGCUCGUCCAGUGCGAGAUCGCAGCCAUAAUGGCCACCCCUGCCAUCAAGUAUGGUGAUACUGAAGCAUUUGAGGAGUUCUCCCUGGAUGUCCUCUCCCUUGUGGGGAUGCUACAAUCCCUGGAAGGUCCUGACGGCAUUGAACUCCGUUGUGGCUCGCACGUCGACCGUCUUCUCAGCAAGGUUGCCCCCAGCCACAGGACGAGUUUCAUGGAGCACUGCCUGAAGGAGGGCAUCUUGAAGUCAAACUGUAGUCAAACCUACACCCUACCCCAGUUUGCAAGUUGGCUCCGUAGGAAAUCUCAGUCACACAGCUUUGCCAGUAGAGCAGUGUCCGGGCAUACUUUGAGUAACCCAAGACCGCAGCGAUACCAGGAGCAGCGAAUAUCCAGGAAGGAUACCCCAACAGCAGUACUCAUGACAGUACCAAAGCCGAAGUACAAACCCCAGCCUUAUUGUCCCUUUUGUGAUAAUAAGGAACACUACCUGGGUGGAUGUCCACAACUCAAGAAGCUGAACACUGAUCAGAUCGUCAGUUGGAUCCAGGACAAGGGACGAUGUUGGAAGUGCGGUCGUGCCCAUAAGCCCGAUGAGUGUACCCUCAAGAAGCCAUGUCACACCUGCAAACAAGCCAAUCCGUCCGCAUGGUGUGAUGUUAAAGGUUGUGCCAGUUCUCCUUCAUGGCCCGCUGGCACCAUUGAGACAUAUGCUAUCCUGGACGACGGUUCUGAGAGAAGUAUGCUAAUUCAGACAGCAGCCGAGAAGUUACAGCUUAAAGGCCAGCCAGAGACGGUCCUCCUUAGAACUGUCCGUGAUGACAUAGUCGAAUGCCAAGGUUCGGCUAUGUCUCUGCAGGUGUCACCCAAGGGAAAGCCCCACAUCAAGUACACCAUCAAUGGAGCCUUCUCUGCCAGCAAUCUGUGUCUCUCGGUGUACACAUAUCCAGUAAAGGCUCUCCAGCAGCGGUAUAACCAUCUCCGCCACCUGCCGCUACCAGUGAUUAACCAGGCAUCGCCGAUGUUACUCCUUGGAGCUGACCAAACAGAUCUUAUCAUCCCCCAAUGCCCAAUAAGAUCUGGACCCCGUGGUGCAGCAGUUGCUAUCUACACAAGGCUUGGCUGGACCCUCCAAGGACCCACUGGGAAUCAUGAUCUACAGCUGGAGCAACGAGUCUUCAAGACAUCCACAUUCCCGGUUACAAAUGACCUCCUGCAGCAUGUGCAGAUGUUAUGGCAGGCAGAUGUGCUCCCUUACGCCAAUGAUAAGGAAGUCACCCGAUCCAAACAAGACCAGUAUGCUCUUAAGAUGCUGGAGUCUAAAACCACCCGUGUCAGCCUUGAUGGUGUGCAACGUUAUGCCACGCCCCUCCUGAGAACCAAGGAUGGAGACAGAUUCCAGGUAACGAAAGAUGCCGUUCUUCCUACACUAAGGAGAGCAGAGAAGCGGCUACAGAAGCACCCACAACUGGCGAAAAAGCACAACGAGCUUAUCACAAAGCUGGUCGACUCAGGUCAUGUGCGAGUUCUACCUGAUGAUGAAGCCGCAAUGUCUGAUGAAUCUUGGUUCAUUCCUCACCACACUGUCCAUCACAAUGGGAAGUACCGACUGGUCUUCAAUUGUUCUUUUCAGUACAAUAACCAAGUGCUCAACGAGCAUCUCCUUCCCGGACCACAACUGGGUGCUUCCCUCAUCGGCGUGCUUCUACGUUUCCGGCAACACGCCGUAGCCAUCUCCGGAGACAUCAAAGCGAUGUUCCACCAGGUGCGACUUCUACCAGAAGAUAGGCCCCUCUUUCGCUUUCUGUGGCGAAACCUGAAGGUGGAAGCAGAACCACAGAUACACGAAUGGCAGGUCCUCCCUUUCGGCUCCACAUGUAGUCCGUGCUGUGCGACCUUCGCAUUCAGGAAACAUGCCAGCGACCACAAGGAGCAGUAUCCUGAAGUAGCAGAAUCGGUCGACAAGUCCUUCUACGUCGACAACUGCUUGGACAGCUUACCCUCAUCCAGAGAAGCCAAGCACCUGGUCCAUCAGAUGCGAAACCUACUGGCCGAUGCCGGGUUCGAGAUACGUCAGUGGGCCAGUAACGACCCUACGGUAGUUGAGGAUCUCCCACCAGAUGCUCGGUCCAAUGGCUGUGAACUUUGGUUGACCUACGGUGACACUGACUCCCUUGAGGCCACCCUUGGACUGCAGUGGGAUUGCAGCACAGACAACCUGCAGUACCGCCACCGAACAGUCCACUACGAGUCCCUUAACAUGAGGAACAUGUACAAAAUAUUAGCAAGCCAGUAUGAUCCCAUCGGCUAUCUCACUCCGUUCACUACCCGAGCCAGAGUGAUCGUCCAAGACUUGUGGAAAACCAAGUGCAACUGGGACGACGUUCUAGAGCCUGGUGCCAUCAGAGACCAAUGGCAGGCCUGGGAAAUGGAGCUACCAGCACUGACCGACAUCCAGUUGGAUAGAUGCUACACACCCCUAGCGGUAGAUGUUAAGCCAUCAAGCUACCAACUCCACAUCUUCUGCGAUGCAUCAGAGAGAGCUUAUGGUGCUGUAGCCUACCUUCGAGCAGAAGAUAAACACCAUCAUAUCCAUGUCAGCUUCGUCAUGGCCAGGUCCCGGGUUGCCCCCAAACGACAGCUAUCCAUGCCACGCUUGGAGCUAUCGGCUGCCUUGGCUGGUGCUCAGCUGUGCCAGCUACUCAAGAGAGAGUUGAGUUUACCUGUAAAGUAUGUUGUCCUUUGGAGCGACUCGACAACUGUCCUCACCUGGCUGAAGUCUGAAUCCUGUCGCUAUAAGGUCUUCGUCGGCACUCGAGUCGCGGAGAUCCAGACCCUCACUGAUGUCAAACAGUGGCGCUACGUCAAUACCAAGAACAAUCCGGCUGAUGACCUCACCAGAGGCAAGACCCUGACGGAGCUUGCCCAAGAGUCCAGAUGGCGAGACGGACCCCCAUUCCUCUUGUCACCUCCUGACCAGUGGCCUGUCCACCCGGCCACACCACCAGAAGAUGUUUCUGAGUACAAGAAGUCAACCUUCUGUGGUGCCGUGGCUGUGGAUCCUGUAGAUCCUCCCGACCUUUCCAAAUGUGACACGUGGGAAGACCUCAUCAUGGCUACCAAGGAGCAUCGUGAUUGGGCGGCCGACACUGGUGACCCACCUGAGUUGGGUGCUGAAGAUCGAGCCAACAUCGAGCUGCUACUGUACCGCCGUGCUCAGCAAGGACGUUUUCCUGAUGACUUAGCUGCCCUUAAGGCUGGAAGGGAUCUUCCAGCAAGCUCCUCCAGUUAG